GCUAGAUUCUCUUGCCCUCUGUCAUUAAACGAUCAUGGACACAUCUAAAGUCGCUCUCAUUACGGCUGGUUCGAAGGGGCUUGGGGCAGCUAUUGCUCGGGUUCUGGCUACCGAAGCUUACAUGCGAGUCGUGAUCAACUACCACUCAGAUUCUUCUAGUGCAGAUGAACUUGUUCAGGAACUGAAACACUUGGCUCUAACAAACACACGGCACGAUGGGAGCCUGUCCGACGGAGAACGUUUCAUAGCGAUAAAAGCGGACAUGGCAUUUCCCGACCAGAUCAGACGACUUGUCGAAGAAUGCAUCGCUAAGAUGGGACGAUUGGAUGCUGUGGUCUCGAAUGCAGGAUGGACACGCAUGACGAACUUCAUGGAUCUACAGGAUGCAGAUCGUGAAGCUGAUUGGGAUCAAUGCUUCAACAUGAAUGUCAAGAGUCACUUUUUCCUAUUCAGGGCUUGUCACAGACACUUGAAGAGUAGCGAAGGUGCAUUCAUUGCGACAGCAAGUGUUGCUGGCGUCAAACCAAGCGGCAGUUCACUGCCGUAUGCUGUUACUAAAGCUGCUCUCGUUCAUUUGACAAAGUCCCUUGCAGUCAUCGCUGCUCCUCAGAUACGUGUCAACUGCGUCUCCCCAGGCGUCUUACUCACGGACUGGGGCCGUCAGUUCUCAGAGGAACGGCUCCAGACGGUGAAAACGACGAAUGCUCUCAAGCGACUUGCAACAACUGAGGAUGUCGCGCAGCAAGUAAAAGUCCUUGUACUUUCUCAGUCCGUAACUGGGGUAAAUACGAUUGUUGAUGCUGGCUUUUCUCUAUGAGUGAGAUCAUCCAUGAUUCCAUACAUUAGACGGCGAAGAGGAAGUGAGAAAUUGUACAUCCUAUCCAGGCUAGAAGAAUAGAAAGCUACAUAUGUAAUUCUCCAGUACCAGAGUGCUUCACACUUCCAAGCACCAAGCAAGUAGUGCAGCUGCCAAGCUUCGGGAAAUGCUGGCUGCUCAGUGGUCUUUUUCGGCUGGGGCCUCGGCGAUA